AUGUUCUGGAACUUCCUCGCCGGCCUGGUGCUCGUUGCUCCGACCCAGGCUCUUAUUCGAUUCGGAUGCUCGCAGCUCGUCGUAGAUCGCCUUGACCCCUUGGUCGAACCAGGCAAUGCUCCAUCAUCGCAUCUCCACCAGAUCAUCGGAGGAAACUCAUUUGUCCCUGAUAUGAGCCCUGAUGUUCACGAUCCACCUGCGAUGUCCACAUGCACAACCUGCCAGCCUGCAGAUGACUUCUCCAACUACUGGACGGCUUCUCUUUACUUUCGCGCAAGAAAUGGUACCUAUAAGCGUGUCAGUCAGAAAGGCAAUGCGGGGUUUGAGGGACAAAACGGCGGUAUGACUGUUUACUACAUGCAAAACCAGCUUGCAGACUACCAGCAGAAGGCGAAGGUCAAGGCAUUCCAGCCGGGCUUUCGUAUGCUCAUCGGCUCACCAAUCGCGUCUACAAAAGCAGAGGCGGAUAGGUAUCCGCAACUCACAUAUACAUGUCUACAAGACCCCAGCACACGCUUUCCAGAGACCAAAGCGUUCCCCACAAAACCCUGCCCGGCAGGCAUCAUGGUCAAUUUGAGGUUCCCGACAUGUUGGAACGGUGAAGAUCUAGACUCGCCAGACCACAUGGCUCAUAUGGCCUACCCUAUAUCAGGUACUUUCGAGAGCCAAGGUCCCUGCCCAGCCUCCCAUCCCGUGCGCAUGCCGCAACUCAUGUACGAAGUAAUUUACGAAACCGCACCCUUCAACGACCCUUCUCUCUGGCCCACAGACGGCAGCCAGCCCUUCGUAUACUCGUUCGACGACCACACCGGGUACGGUAACCACGGCGACUACAUCUUCGGCUGGAAAGACGACUCGCUUCAAAAGAUCAUGGACGAGGAAUGCUACGUCAGCUGCUCAUCGAUGAAAACACAGAGCAUGGACAUGAUGAACAGUUGCAGCGUGCCGCGAAAGGUCAUUGAGGACAUCGGUGAUCAAAGCUGGAUCCCCGCGCUUCCGGGGCAUUCGAACGCUACGUGGACGGUUGCUUCCACGGGUAAAGCGUUCCGUGCGUAG